AUGACGACUCUCACGAAACAUCGUAUUGACGUCGGUUCGCACCUUCCUAUUAAACAACACUGCUACCUAGUAUCGCCUAAGGUACAGGAAGCUAUCCGGGAAGAGAUAGAUAAAAUGUUAGGCUCCGAGAUAAUCGAACCCUCAUACAGCGUGUGGUCGAAUCCGAUCGUGAUGGUGCGAAAACCGAAUGGAAAAUAUCGAUUCUGCCUGGACUUUCGAAAGGUCAAUAGCAUAUCGAGAAAAGAUGCGUAUCCGAUGCCGAACAUGGGGAGAAUCCUCGACAAGUUACGUGCCGCGAGAUAUAUAUCGACGAACGACUUGAGUCAGGCGUACUUCCAGAUUCCGUUAGAGAAGGAGAGCUGCGAGAAGACCGCCUUUAGCGUUCCCGGGAAGGGGUUAUACCAUUUCGUCAGGAUGCCGUACGGGCUCACGGGAGCACCCACUACGUUCCAGCGCUUAUUAGAUCACCUCAUUGGUCCCGAAAUGGCGCCGUACGUGUUUGUAUAUCUUGACGAUAUAGUGAUCGUGACCCCUACCUUCGAAGAGCACAUCGUAUGGUUGAAGAAAGUACUAGACAAGAUCACGGCAGCCGGUCUAACGAUAAAUGCGGAAAAAUGCGAAUUCUGCAAAUCGCGAGUCAAAUACUUAGGAUUCGUAGUGCAGCACGAUGGACUCACGGUUGACCCGGAUAAGACUAGCCCGAUUCUCGAGUACCCGGCACCAACCAACCUAAAGCAGCUACCACCCACGCUGGCCUGUCCGGAUUUCGAAGAGUCGUUUGUGCUCCAAACGGACGCGAGUUCAGUAGGUCUGGGCGCCGUGCUCACCCAGACUCUUGAGGGGAAGGAGAGAGUGAUAGCCUACGCGAGUCGAGCGUUGACAGACCCCGAAAAGAAAUACUCGGUGACCGAGCAAGAGUGCUUAGCCGUAGUUUGGGCCGUCCAGAAGUUUCGAUCAUACCUCGAGGGAUAUAAAUUCACGGUGAUCACGGAUCAUAGUAGCCUCCGGUGGCUACAUAACUUAAAAAAUUCCACGGGACGGUUAGCGCGGUGGGCUCUCGAACUCCUAGAAUAUGACUACGUCGUAGAAUAUCGGAAGGGAGCACUCCAUCAUGUGCCCGACGCCUUAUCGAGGAUGUUCGAAAGCGAUCAACCCAUUGCCGUGAACGCCCUAGCGGAUGCCGCGAGCGAGGAUGAAGUACACGAUCCGUGUCGUCUCCCAGAUAGUGGAGGAUUUAGACCGAUGGAAACUGGUGUUGCCGCGAGAAUCUCGGAGGAAUGCUGGAAUGAGAUACCUGUCAGCGUACCAAGGUUGAACAGACUAGCCCCGCCGGUUUGUUUAAUGGGUCGUAGGAUCGUGGAGGCGCCGUGGACCGCGAUAGCGGCGGACAUAAUGGGGCCCCUGCCGCGAAGUAAAGGAGGAUUCCAGUACCUCCUAGUUAUUCAGGAUCUGUUCACCAAAUGGGUGGAGUACAGGGCCCUUCGGGCGGCCACCGGUCCGAAGAUAGUCGAGGCACUGCACGAUCUAGUCCUGUCGCGAUGGGGUACCCCGGCAGUAAUCCUCACCGAUAACGGCACAGAAUUCGUAAACCGAGUCAUGCGGCAGUUCGCGGAAGAUAACGGCAUCACUCACACCACGGUACCGCCAUACCACCCGCAAGACAAUCCCGUCGAGCGCGUGAACCGGGUAUUUAAAACCAUGAUCACCGCAUUUAUAGAUCUCGACCAUAGAGAGUGGGAUAUGCAUCUGGCGGACUUUCGGUUCGUUUAUAACACCGCGUUCCACACGUCCUUGGGAACGUCACCGGCGUUUCUGAGUCUAGGCCGCGAACCAAAACCACCGAAUGCGAUGCGCGAGCGCGGUAGGGACGCGGAUCCUAUCGAGCCUGGGGACCCUGCGGCGUGGACACAGAGAAUACGGGACCUCCACGCCGUCCGCGUGUGGGUCGAGGAGAAUCUCGAUCAAGCGAACCAAACCCAAGCUCACCGAUACAAUUUACGACGACGCCCGCGCACGUACAGGGUCGGCGACCUGGUACUCAAACGACAUCAUGCGCUCUCGUCCGCCGCACAAAACUUUGCGGCCAAGAUUGCCGCGAUGUCUUUUUAUGAGAGGCGUAGGCUGGUGCGCCGAUUUUGGGCGCGAUUCCUGCUCCUACGGGACUAUAUCUCCGAAAAUUACAACAGUUUCUGGGCGGAACUCUACGAGUUGGGCGAUGAGCUACGCCGUCUGCAGUGCGUGGAGGGGACCCACGAGGUGCACAAGGUCGCUGAGCUGGGGGACCGGACCACCCAGACCGACGAGGUGAUCCGCGGAACCGUGGACGCGGCAACGCAGAUCGGGGCGGACGGGCCCGUGGGCCUCCGGACCAGGGGCACGCAGACCGAGCCCGGUCCUCAUGUGGCUGCCCCGAGGAGCUUCGUAUUAGUUCCAGGAAUAUGA